AUGGCUUUGAACGUACUUGGGAAUGAUGGCGCUCAGGAGAUUUCCCACGUCGAAGACGAUAAAAAUGUAAGGGGAGAGUCGCGGUUAGUUGAUAUUGAUGAUCGGGAAGAAUACUUUGUGAAACCAUUGUACACAUACUACUGCAAUUGUGGUCAGAUGGCAAUGAUCAGCGAUUGCCUCCUUAUCCGUAUGCCUUUACGAAAGCGUGAUGGUGCCCGAGUCAUCGAUCCGGAAAGAACUACUGCGAAAACGUUUUCCACACCCGGUGACACGGUUUACGUACAAAGACCGGAGGGAUUGGAGCAGCAGUACCGCAAAAAUUGUAAAGGUUGCGGUGUCCCCUUAUUCUAUCAGCAUCCAUACAACCUGAAACUGGUUUUUAUAUUCCGAGAAGCAUUGCUUUCUGCUCAAGAAGUUGGUGGAUUCAGUGGGAAUAAUGAAGAGCAACGGGCAAAGAAGAUUAUUAUGAAAAGGAAUGUCAAAAAUCAAGGAAAAAUGGGAUCGGUUACUGUAUCUACAAUGGAAGGAGAAGAGGAAGAGGAAAUCGAAGCGCGUGAAACUGCGGAGUCCUACUCGUUGAAUGCUCGAAUUGUUCGAGAUGCUCUGAAGAGGAAAGGAAUGAUCAAGGAUAAAUUGCUUGGUCGAGAAAUCUCAGGAGGUCCAGCUCCUAAAAAGAGAGGAACACUUCUGUGA